UAUUGAAUCGAUGAUUGGAUUCGUUGUGUGUUUGCGAUUUUAGCUUCUCACGUAAUGUCACUCAACAUAAUUACUUUAACUAAUUACUAACACUAUUGAUGAACAAUGUUGUAGAUGUUGUUGGCCACAUGAAGUUGGUUAAUGGUCAAAGUAUUGUUGAGGCCCCAGUUCUUGACGAAGUGGAGAUAGCAAAGGCGAGGCGUGUUCUGAUUCAUAUCCAAUCGCAUGAUGGACCGGUCAUGAAGCUAUACCUUUGGGAUCAGGCUGCAAGAGACUUCUGCAAGAAGUUUAAGUCGUACGAGCGCACACCCACUGUGUUACUGGUCACGGCCGUUAACACAAAGACUCUCGGAGGUUCUUCUUUUUGUCUUCAAUAUUGGUUGGGGGCUAACCCCGGUAUUGCUGAGCAGGUUAAUGCAGAGAUAGUAACCAAACGUGAGACAAUGACUAUAGGGGAAAUAUUCUCCUACAUUAAGCAGGAAACCGCAAAGGAUGCCUUUUUUGAGUGCACGGCUACGAUCGAUGAUGUCGUGCAUGGUUCUUCUUGGUACUACAUUGCAUGCAGUGGGUGCCGUAGUAAUGUUAGCAAAGGCCCAACUUCGUUGAUUUGUACAAACAACAAGUGUGAGAAUGUUAACGUAUCUGGUGUGGCACAGUACCUUUCAAAGAUAUCCGUGUAUGACAACAGUGACCAAGCUGUUUUUGUGCUACUUGGGGAUGCUGGUCGUGAGCUGACUGGGAAGCCCGCAUCAGAGUUAGUUAGAAGCUAUUUUGAGGCUAAUGGGAACGAAGGAGUUAACCAUGAGGCGCCUCUUCCUGAAGCUCUAAUCAGCACCAUUGGUCAGAAGCAUAAAUUUUGUGUCAAAGUGACAGAGCAUAACUUCUCAGGCAAGACACGAUCUCUUACCGUGACCAAGAUUCUUCCUCUAGACACUCCACCAGCGACAGAGUCUUCGGAAGGUAACGAGACUACUGCAUCGGAGGAAACGUUCAUAAACCAUGUGGGUUCUGCAGAGGGGAGUAAGAGAAGUUGUGACGGUACUGAUCUAGAAGAAGCUAAACGCCUUAAGCGUGUGGACUAG